CUGUGGUGUCAGUGAGGAGUGUGUCUCUGCUGGAGGGGCAGAGGCAGAGAGAGCGAUGGAGGAGGAUGCUGCCCGGUGGAGGAGCUGAGGUAGUACAACACACUUUCUCCCUCCUUGAGCGCAUCAACGAGCUCUGGUCCAUAGGCGGCCAGCAGAGAGAUCCACACAAGAUCCCAGAAACAUAAGAAUUACGAGUGAAGAGGGGAGCUGGGAAAAGAAAGAGGAAGAAGAAGAAGAAGGGGGCUACAGGAAACCGAAGGCAUCAAAGUCUACACUGAGGAGGAUUUGAGGAGUCUGCGUCUAUAAUCCGACAUCACAGGCGGAAUGUGAAACCAAAUAACUUAUGUUAAUUGGAGAUUUGAGCGAAUGGGCUGUGAUGCGAUUUGACCGGCUCCGGAGCACCGAGAGGAGCGUGUGAGAUUGGCCACUUGGAUUUCAAUCUUCGAGGUUUUCGGAGAGUGUCUGUCUUCGCCGUCCACUUCUCCUCAGAACUGAUUUGCAGCCCGGUUGUUUGCGUCUUAAAAACAACAAAAAAAAGGAGUUGGCUAUCAGAUCUUCUGUCGGACUGCACACACACACACACACACACACACGCGCGCACACACUCUGGAGUUCUCAUUAUCGCGGACUGGAGGGAUGGUUUUAGUGCGUCCGCUUCGCAAUGACUGCCGCGUAAUUUCCCAGGUCCGACCGAGGUCCGCCAGACUUUGUGGACAAGGCGGAGGCUGCUGGUCGUUGUCCGUGUCCGUCCGACCCACGGCAGGCGGACACAGUGGACCGCGAGACGAGCCCAAGGAGUGACAAGUGACAUUCACCCGACCUGCGCCACGGACAGCUCCGGGUCAACUUCGAAACUGAAGCGCGCAAGUUUCCGGUCUGGGAUAUAGCCCCAAAGAAUAGAUGAUUCUCAGAGGACGGAAGACGAAAUACACUUAGGCCUGCAAGAUGUUCAAAGGGGGCUGCGGGCUUGAGUUCCUGCUGGUUCUCUGUGGGCUCGAGUUUUCCUGGUCCUGCCCUCGUCACUGUAUCUGCUACACUGCACCCAGCACCGUCUCCUGCCAAGCCCACAACUUCCUGUCGGUCCCUGAAGGCAUUCCUCCUGACAGUGAGCGCAUCUUCUUACAGAACAAUAAGAUCCAUCGCUUACUUCGGGGCCACUUCAGCUCCAACACUGUCACUCUCUGGAUUUAUUCCAACAACAUUACAUACAUUGAGCCCUCCACCUUCCACGGCUUCACACUGCUGGAGGAGCUGGAUCUGGGAGACAACCGCCACCUGCGCUCCUUGGCUGAAGACACCUUUCACGGCCUGAGUCGGCUCAAUGCGCUACACCUGUAUCGAUGCGGACUCAGUUCACUUCCUAACAACAUCUUCCAAGGCCUCAGAAAUCUGCAGUAUCUCUACUUGCAGGAAAAUCAUCUGAAGUUCCUGCAGGAUGACACAUUUAUGGACCUCCACAACCUGAGCCACCUGUUCCUGCACGGAAACCGUCUGUGGAGCCUUAACCAGAACACCUUCCGAGGCCUUCGAGCCUUGGACCGACUGCUUCUGCACCAAAACCAGAUCGAGUGGGUUGACCCCCUGGCAUUCCAUGACCUGAAACGUCUGACCACCCUCUACCUGUUCAACAACUCCCUGAUACAGCUGUCUGGACAGUGCCUGGACAUGCUUCCCGCCCUUGAAUACCUGCGCCUCAACGACAACCCCUGGACAUGUGACUGUAAGGCCCUGACGCUAUGGGAAUGGUUGAAACGUUUCAGAGGCUCAACAUCCUCAGUGGGUUGCGAGGCACCAGUGGAUAUGGUUGGGAAAGACCUCAAAGAGUUGCGCAAGGAGGACUUUCCCAACUGCUCACCAACUGUUCCUAACUCUGAGUCCAGAGCCCAGACUAACAAUUUAUCUGGCACGGUGAAUCCAUCUAUGAAUCGUGGUGUAGCAGUGGGCUCUGGAGGGCAGACCCACAUAGUGCACCCCUCGAGGCCUGGCCGUUCUCGGAACUGCACAAAGCCUCGUAACAGGGUGAGCAAGGGGAAGGGUGACAAUGAGGUCCAUCACUCGAAGGAGGUCAUGGCAGACAAGGAGGAUUCCUCUCCAGAUUUCUCAGAUGGGGGAAAACAUGACCACACGUCCCCAGACGGCACCGUCACAAGGAGGAAGCACAAGUGCACUCCCCGGACCACUGUUCGCCCCCCUAGUGGGGUUCAGCAAGCCAACAGGGCAAUCUUAUCCAAGUCCUUGCUACAUGUCUACGCCCUCUUUGUGGCCUUGAUAACAACAAAUAUUGACUACAUUCUCCGUUGACCUUUAGAGGGUUUGUUAAUGCUAAUCACAAAAAACAGCCCUCAGAUCCUCUAUUGCUCCUGCACUACAAGGCCUGUGUGUGUUAUGUUUGUUGUGUGCGUGUGCGUGUGCGUGCGUAUGCGUGUGCGCGUGAUUAUAUGUGUAAAUGUUGUGUAGGGAGCUUCACUGAUCAGACUGAGAAAAGGUAUAAAAUAUCUACGACAGAGAGACUCACAGCUCAAGAUCUGGAGGGACCGAGAAUGAAAGAUGAAUACAGACCAAGCUCACACUGCCACUGAAGCCAGUAUGAUUUCCUCUUCAUAUGUCUCAUCAUCUAAUAUAUUUUUUUUUUACUUCUGUUUUCCUUUAACUGGAGCUUGAAUGACCAAAAUGUGAUGAAAAGAGAGCAAAAGAGAAGAGGAUGACAGAGCAAGCAAAAUAAAACUUGUUAAUUUGUGAGCUGAGACAGAUGAGUUUGUCAUUCGAGUGCUCAAUCCAGCUUUAAUUUUUAGUUCAGUUUAUGAAUUGUUACCAAGAAGGUAAAAUGGAGAGUCGAUGACACUGUAAAGACUCUGUUGUCAGUCCUUUGUUGCUCUCAUCCUUUCUAAAAUAUAUUUGUAUGGUUUAUCCUUUGCUAACAACAUAUCCCAACAUGGUGCAAGAGUUUCUUAUAGACAAAAAGGUGAUGAAUAAGCAUGGAAAUAAAUUGUCUAUCAGUAUGAAACAUGGUAGUGUCAUUCUCGUUACAGAAUGGAAAUCUAUAGCCACAGGUGUAUUAAGGCCAUAAACAGAACAACCAGUAAGCUUAUAAAUUGUAUGAAGCUGUAACAAAUCACAGUCACACAAUCACACCAUAGUUCUGCACUCAACUCUGCUUCUAUCUUCAUUUACACCACUUCGCUCCUUCUGUGCAACUGAAUAAUAAGCUGCUAAUUGUUUCAAGAUGACGAGGACUGCCAUGUGCUAUUUUUAUUUUGCUUGGAAAAAUAAGAAAAAUCUCUGGGAGAUCAAGCUGUGAAUAUUGAAGAGUCUGUCUAUAUCUCGUGUCAGAUGUUGUUCAUUUAAUUUUUCUAAGACACAAAAUGGACCGAGACAUGGAUCCCUACUGCUGGGCCAACGGGAGCCUUAGAGGCCAAGAGUCAACUGGGGCUUUCUCAAUUUCCCAGUGAGGUUGUGCUGAACUGAUCCCUCAUUGUGAAUGUGAGGAACACUUUUUUUUUUCUUGAUCACUUAAACUGCAAAAGAACACAAGGGGGAAAAAAUGUGUGCGUACCUUAAAUGACUUGUGAUCAAAAAUAGAAAGUGAAGAAACACUUUCUAAACACAAAAAAGAAUGGAGCAUGGCAAAACAGGGAUCACACUGAGAGAAUGUUGCCUCUUGAUUAACUGAUGUGAUUGUCCAUGGAUGUGAGGAUCCAAGACCAAGACAAUCGCUUCUGAAGUAACAAGGGAACGCAGCACAAUGCCGACUGACAGACGGACAGUUACGGGACAUCUCGCUGUACUUCUGGCUUUUGUGCCUCUCUUGAAUCUACUGAUAAGAUGGUGUUUGUAUCAGUGAUGUGAACUGUACCAGUAACAAUGGAGACGAGGACUUCUUGCAGUGCUGAUAUUAAUCAUUUAGUGUAUUACUAUGAAAAAAAAACAAUAUCAGUGACAUCAAUGAUGAUAACAGGGUUUUUCUGCUCCUCUUGUCAGGAGUCUUUAGACUUUUUGAUUUUCUGGUGAAUUGUUAAUUUACGUAUUUUUCAUGUUAUAUUUUUGGAACCUUUAAUUUGUUAAUGCACAAUUCCUCACCUCCAUUUCUUCUUUUACUGUAUGCCAAUUAAUUCAUCUUCUUUCUUUGCCAUAAUUCAAUUGUUCAGUAAGUUAUCAUCAGAGAACAACAGUACAAAAAUGUUUAUAAAGAUAUUAAAAUCUAUAUCUUCUUAUGUCUACCGUGGCAGCCUGAGUCUGUUUAUUGCUGCAUUAAAGGUUUUAUAUGGUUAUGU